AAUAAGAUGGGAUGCAUUUAGUCACAUAUUGCCAGCGCUAUCUUUAGAACACGCCCCCUUUUAUUUUUUCUUUUUACUACACAUCGACUUUUGACCUUUCUGCGUCUCCCGUUCCUUUGGAAGUUGUAUCACAAUGCAUUUGUAUUUAAAUGGCCUUUAAAUUUGUGUACGAAGACUGCAUACAAUACUGGCUGUUCGGGGUUCCUAUUUAACACCACUCUAUACACACAUGCCGGAAAUAUUUUGAAGAGAGGAGGAAACGUGUUUAACACAGGGAACUAAAAGUGAAAAUAAUGGGGAAAUAUCUAUCGAUCUGUGUACAUGAGUCGUGAUCGGAUUAUUAUUUUAAAAACAGAUUCUGUACGUAUCGAAAUCUGUUAUCACAAAGGAUGGAUCUAAAAGAAUUUCUUCUCUGAAAGAUGCGGUUGAUGUAAAGGAAUAAAGAUGGUGAAAUAACGCCACUGUGACAUAAAAACAAUGUUUCCCCGAUCGUCGUUCCUGUACAAGUGGACGGUCGUCUUGUUACUUUUUAUUGUGUUAAUGUACUCUUUUCUAAUACAAAAAACUUCAAGAACGCUCUUGCAAAGAAGAAUCCCUAGUGAUCUAGAUGGUCAGUUCAUUCUGGAAAAGCAGUCAACACGUGCAGCUAAUGAAAUUUAUCGGACGCCCAACUAUGGUGUCACAAAUGCGACAUUUUCAAGUUUGAUGACGACUGCGCCACCUAUCGUAAAUCCACACGAUUUUAACUACAUAUUGAACCCAGCCAAUAUGUGUGUUGGGAAAGAUGUUUAUUUCAUUACAUAUAUUCAUACAUCACCGACAAAUUUUCGGAAACGCCAAACCAUUCGACACACGUGGGGUGACCCACAUUUACUGAAAAGAUUCAAGGCUAGGUUAGUUUUUGUUCUUGGCAAAGUUGCAGACGAGAAAGUGAUGACGAAAAUAAAGAUGGAGUACAAUCAUUAUGGAGAUAUUGUGCAGGAAGAUUUCAUGGACUCUUAUAGAAAUUUAACGUACAAAGGAAUAGCGGCCUUCCGGUGGAUAACCCAUUACUGCCGGAAUGCUACUUUUGCAAUAAAAUCAGACGAUGAUAUUAUGAUAAACCUUUUUAAAAUUGUUGACGAAAUAAAAUUGAAAACCGUGAACAAAUACGGAACUAAGAACCUCAUUUUAUGUAAUCAGUGGGUACGAAUGAAAGUGCUCAGGGACGAGAAAAGUAAAUGGUAUAUUCCAAAAGCGGACUUUGAACCGGAAUAUUUCCCACCGUACUGUUCCGGUUCAGCUUUUAUACUCAGCGUGGACGUAGUCGAAAAGAUGUAUAAAGCCUCAUUCUACACACCCUUCUUUUGGGUGGACGACUAUUACAUCACCGGUGCCCUUGCAAAGGCAAUCAACCUAAAACAAAAACGUUGGAAUGACCUUUAUAUGCUAAAUGGCAAAAUUGUUGCCGAUAUAUUAAGGAACAAGUCAAAGAACAAGUAUGCGUUCUUUCAUAUAUCUAAAUUAAACUCUAUUCAUAAAAUGUGGCAAAAUCUAGUUACAGGAAUGGAGGCGGAGUCUCGAAGCUCAAAUGCAACAACAAAGAAAUCCUGACGAAAAUUCUCAAGAAUUUAAUUCAUAGUAUUACAAUCUUGUUAUAGUUGUACAUUCCCAAAUGUUUUUCUUUUAUUACUAUUCUUACCUGUUCACAUUUUGUAAAAGUGAUAUUUUUAUAUUUGAGAAGAUUUCAUUUGUAAAUUUUCUUAAGUCACAAAAACUUCAAGGAAAAAUUAUAGCCUCUGUUGUUUAUUUAGUCGAUGUUACAAUAUAUUUCCGAACUUUUAUUAAAGGAUUGUUCUUUCCAUAUUUCAUAUAUAUGCUCAGCACGAUUCCUACUAAACUGUUUUGAAAAUGACAAUGCGGUUUCCAAUCUUACAGCAUAUAUAAGUUUUACAUGUACAUUACAUUAAAGAGUUAACAUGUCAUUCUUUUGCCGAGUGUCAAAUCGUAAAUCGUCAAAUCGUAAAUGUUGCAUUUGCUUUCACCCAGUAAAUUCAAAAUUUACAAUAUGAUAGUAGGUUUAAUUUAACAUGUUUAAGAUGAAUAUUACAUUGAAAGUGCAAAUGUUAAUAAGUGGAAGUGUUUUACGUGUGUUUUUUUGCCAUUUAGAUUGUUGAAUUUUGUUGUUAUUCUGUGAAUAAGCUAUAUAGAAACUCUACAAACAACGUAUUCAGAUUUUGAAUGUAUUUCAUUCUUAAUGUUGUUUUUUCUAAAAUUUUGCUUUUUAAAUUUUUUUUUUACUGAUUUCACCAAUAUGUUCAAAGCAAAUAAAUUCAAUGAUAUUAUAACAAAAAUUAUAUCAAAUUGAGGUACAAUAGAAAUGAGAAUUUUUACCUGUGAUGGGUUUCUUAGUGAUAUGUUAAAAUUUUCAAUAAAAUGAAUAAGUUCGUUUUAUUUGGUAUCCUACAGUCAAAAUGAAGUAAAGCAAUAAAUUCUAAGUUGCCAUUUAGAUAUCUGUUUUGAGUAAAAUGUGUACACAGUUGAACUAGAACAAUUGUUUGAGAUAAAACUAUUCAGUAUUUUUACAUGUAUUUAAUGAUAUUGCUUAAGAUAUAUGUAGUUGUUGUAAAUAAACCAUUUGCAAGCUAUUUCUACACAUUUAAGAAGUAAUUUGUGAUUUUGAUCACUAUGACAUGUUUGUUAUUAAAUAAACAAUGUUUUUAAGUAUGAAUAAAACAUUUUUAUUGUU